AUGGUCACCCAGGACCUCCCCGUCGAGAUCCUCAGCAUGAUCUUCGACCAGCUAUCCCCCACCGACACCUUCCACUUCUGCUGCGCCAUCGCCCACCUGCCCCAGUGGCGCUACGUCUACGACUUCAUGGUCAACCUCCCCUUCAAAUUUGAGUACGACCCCGUCGACUGGCGGAUCGAGAAGAUGCUCCUGAUAUUUAAGAACGUUGAGCUCACGCCACUAAAGGAUUUUGAUGCGUUUUUCUCCCGUAAGCUCUACGAGCGGAUGGUGGGCGAUGUCGCCAGCCGCUAUAACGUGCGGCGCAUCAGCUGGAACGACGACUCGCUUUUGAACGGCGGUUUCAAAGCGCUGUCGUACCAAUUGUUUACCUGCGCAUUGAUUGACCAAAUAUCGCUAGAGUUCUUCCCCAUUGAACUUCUCCAGACGCUAAAAGUGUUGCACUUGGUCGACAUUUCCGAUCGGAUCAAUUUGUUUUAUACCCGAGUCGAGGAAUUGACACUCCACAAUUGUACUAUACUUUUAAAGGGGCUACCCCGCUCAUUAAGGAAACUCACUAUGGCCGACGGACGCUAUAGUAUUGGGGAAAACGACCCGAACUUGCCCCUGCUAUCUCCCAUCGUGUUCCCAGAAUUCACUCAUUUCUCGAUAUCUCGAGUACGGCUCGUGUGGAAACCCGCCGUCGACUUCGCCUACUGCUGGCCCCACCUUACUGAUGUCUACUGGUUCAAGUCGUCGGUGAAUUUUGUCCUUGACGACCUUUUGGACGUGAACCCUAACAUCAGGUAUAGCGGCGACUUCGAAGUGAUGAUGGAGAAUAUUUACCGCAACCCGAAAGUGUUUCGGCUCCGAGAAAAGCUCUCGUCCGUGGUGGAGUUGACGGGGCUUCCCCCAACACUAGAAGUUUUGGAUUUGACUGAUUGCUCAAUUAAAGGCGUCGAGGGUAUUAGUGGUUCCAGUCUCCGUGAAAUACGAUUACUGAAUAACCAGAUCCGCCAACUCCCCUCAAUAAACCAACCGCUAUUAGUGGAGUUUCACGCCGCUAACAAUAAGCUUACCGACUUGGAAGGGUUAGAAACUCAGAUUCACUUACGCCACGUCGAUUUACUGAAUAACCGGCUCCGCAAGAUCCCGUUGCUUCCUCAGAGACUCCGUUAUUUAGACGUGUGCUACAACCAGAUCACCGUGUUUGACAUCAAUGAGACGUUCCAGAACCACGACUUGAAGCCCCUAGACUUGGAGUAA